CGUCACUCCACAUCCAUCGCUUCACUAGGGGGGGCUUUGCUCAAACCGUUCGUUCAUGUUCAGGGCAAGAAGUUCUGCCUUAGUGCGACCCACGCACAUGGAACGCCCGUAGUCACAUAUUGAAAAGCAACUCACUCGCGACACACUUUGGGAUGCAUCGCAUUUUACCCAUGUCGAUGCUUGUCACCUCCUUAAGGCCACUCUUUUGCCCACAAAUUUCAUCCUGCGGCUUCUUUCCCUCUGAGGCCACGAUGAGUCCCAGAUCAGACACCACGCCGCCCAAAAAAAGGGAGUCCCGCGCAGGGACCCGCAAAGUGACAUCGUUGUCGGCCGAGCAAUUGGAACGAAAGCGAGCCAACGACCGGGAGGCUCAGAGAACCAUUCGCCAGCGGACCAAAGAGCAUAUCGAGGACUUGGAGCACCAGGUGAGGGAGCUCCGGAUCAAGGGGGAGCAAUUUGACGACAUGGUACGAAGGAAUGCUCUGCUGGAGACGGAAAAUCGAACCUUACGACACCAACUGGCGAUGACGAACAGCGGACCAGGCUAUCAAAACAUGGCCGAAGGGUCGUACGCUGGUCCUUCUGGAUCGAUGAUCCCGUCAUCCCAAUUCCCCGAGGCUCUCGGGGUGAACCCCGUCUCCAGAGCACCGUCAGUUCUCUCCACCCCUGGCCGGGUCUCAACCGCUCCUGACUGGCAGUGCUGUAGUUCGACACGGUCUCCAUCCGCCUGCGGAUCCUCAGAGCCGGACUACUCGCAUCGCGUUGAGCCAUAUGCCUUCGAGGGUGCGUUGCAGCCGCCGAGUGCCAUGUCCGUCGCAGCACCGCCGCACGUCGGGUUCAACGUGUCCGGCAGCAGUCAGCCCCCGGCCCCUGCGUUCCAGGGUUAUCCUCCGAUCUAUCAACCAGGCAGCGCGAGCCACGGCCACAGCGAGGAUCCGUCGAUGUCUUAUAUGCACGCCCAGCAGCCGAUACCAGUCCAGUCUGCCCCCCCGGACCGGGAUGGCGGAGGCUACCCUGUUCUGCCGACAGCGCAGCCCUACCAGCACCCCCUGCAACCACACCAACAUCAUCCUCACCAUAAUCUUCACCAACACCCACAUCAUCAUCAUCAUAAUCAUCAUCCCCCGAGAUCCGACUACAGCUACGACUGGACACAUCACCCCUGACACUCGUAUGGGGUGGGUCGAGGCGGUCGGUUGACGCCCGGCCACACAGCAACUAGUAGACUGAACAAGCCUCCGAAGGUGCUUCCGAACCGGUCUAACCACGCGACCGGGCGAUCGACGCAGUUAGAUCGAAAGGAGAAAACCAAGC